GAAUCUCAGGUACGGACGGCUGCUCUGCUCUCUACUACACCUGUACUGAACAACACCAGCAGACUCGUGAAAGUGAAAGUAAAGUGGCUCUAUUUGUUGUAGGAAAAUGGCUUCAAGACUGGAGGAGGAUUUCUCCUGUGCUGUGUGCACUGAGAUCUACAAGGACCCUGUGCUCCUGACCUGCUCCCACAGCUUCUGUAAAGUCUGUCUGCAGAAGUUCUGGAACACCAAAGGAUCCAGAGAAUGUCCAAUCUGCAGAAGGAGGUCAUCAAAGGAGGAACCUCCACUCAGUCUGGCAUUAAGAAACCUGUGUGAGACGUAUUUACAGGAGAGAGAGUCACUUACAAGUCAGAGAGGAGCACUGUGUAGUCUCCAUGGUGACCCACUCAGGCUGUUUUGUCAUGGUGAUCAGCAGCUUGUGUGUUACUCAUGUCGAGACUCAAAACUCCACAGGAGACACCAGUUCAGUCCUGUUGAUGAAGCAGCAGCUGACCGAAAGGAAGAGCUCAAAAUCAAACUAGAUCCCAUGAAAGAGAGGCUGAAGGCUUUUGAAAAAGCAAAACUCACCUGUCAUGAAACAGCUGAACACAUUAAGACUCAGACCCAGCACACAAAGAAGCAGAUCAAGGAGAUGUUUGAGAAGCUUCACCAGUUUCUACGAGAUGAAGAGACAGCCAGGAUAGCUGAACUGAGGGAGGAAGAGGAGCAGAAGAGUUGGGUGAUGAAGGAGAAGAUUGAGAAGAUGAGCAGAGAGAUCUCAUCUCUUUCAGACACAAUCAGAGCCACGGAAGAGCAGAUUGGAGCUGGUGACCUCACAUUCCUGCAGAACUACAAGAGCACACAGUGCACACUGCAGGAUCCAGAGAGGGUUUCAGGAGCUCUGAUCAAUGUGGCAAAGCACCUGGGCAACCUGAAGUUCAGAGUCUGGGAGAAGAUGCAGGAGACUGUUCAGUACACUCCUGUGACUCUGGAUCCCAACACUGCAGCUGACAAUCUCAUCCUGUCUGAGGAUCUGACCAGUGUGAGACGUGGUGAUGAGGUGCAGCAGCUUCCUGAUAACCCAGAGAGAUUUGAUGAGUAUUCCAGUGUCCUGGGCUCUGAGGGCUUUAACUCAGGGACUCACUGCUGGGAUGUGGAGGUUGGAGAGAACACAGGGUGGUUUGUGGGUGUGAUGACAGAGUCUCUCCGAAGGAAGGGAAACUAUUUCUCCAGGAGUGGACUGUGGUUUGUGGUUUAUACUGGUGCUGCAUAUAGAGCAUGGGCUCCUCCUUAUGACCCCACUCUCCUCACAGUGCAGCAGAAACCCCAGAGGAUCAGAGUGCAGCUGGACUGGGACAGAGGAGAGCUGUCAUUCUCUGACCCUGAUAAUAACACACACCUACACACUCUCACACACACUUUCACUGAGAGAGUGUUUCCAUAUAUCAGUACUUCUUCUCCUCUGAGGAUCUUACCAGUGAAGGUUUCAGUUAGAUUAGAGCAGUAGACCAGUUAGAGCUCAUAUCGUCUCCUUCCUCUCAGUUAUGAGACUAACUUUUGAGUCAAGAAGUAGCAUGAGCCAUACUGACAUACAAUACAUGCCACCAAAGGAAAGUUCUCCGCGCUACUGCAGUUGUACGACAAUCUGGUGCAACCAGGCCAGGACAGAUAGUGUAUGUGUGUGUGUGUGUGUGUGUGUGUGUGUGCAGCCAGGCCAGGCCAGAUAGUGUAUGAAAGGAAGAGGAAUGCCGGUGCAACGCAGAUGUCUUCUUUAGUAUUUAUUUAAAAGGUGCAACAUUUCGACGUUACAAACGUCUUCAUCAGGACUCUGAUUACAAAUGUCUUCAUCAGAGUCCUUCAUCAACAUCGAAACGUUAGUCAAUGUUUUGUACCUUUUAAAUAA